GCCACGGCGAGCAGCCUUCUGUUCAUACGACAGCGCUAUCAAAUUGAAAACGAUUCGCUUUGGCUUCUUCUCUCUGUUUCAUAAUUAUCUUUUGGUAGACCGCGAGAGAGACUCCGAAGUCAAGGAACAAUGUCGUCGACGCCGACGCCGGGAGGUAUUCGCGAAGUGGAGGGGAAGGAGAACAGCCUCGAGGUCGUGGGCCUCGCUCGCUUCGCCGUCGAGGAGCACAACAAGAAGGAGAAUGCGAUGCUGCAGUAUGUGAAGGUGGUUGACGCGAAGCAGCAGGUGGUUGCGGGUACUGUGUACUACAUCACCAUUGAAGCAACCGAUGGCGGUGCCAAGAAGUUGUACAAAGCUAAGGUUUGGGUGAAGCCGUGGAUGAAUUUCAAGGAGGUCCAGGAAUUUAAGCCCGUUGAUGCCGCCCCCGGCGAAGCUAGCGCUUAGCUUCAGGUUGCACUUGAUCUCUCCUGAGAUACACUCUCACGUCAGAAACAUGGGUUGUAUGCAGUUCCAAACUUCCAAGGUUACCAUUUUCAUCCUAAUUUUAAUUUCUGAGGAUGGAAUAUCGGCGUUAACUUGACAACUAGAUAACGACACGCAGGUUACACACUUUGUCUGAUUUGUUUGUUUAUACAUGUGAUUGGAGUUCUCACUAAAACACUAGUUUGUCAUGGGGAUACUUUGGUAGGUUUUAUCUGUAGUCUCAGGGCAAGGCUUGCCAUUGGCAAUUUGUUUUUCACACUAAAAGAUCCAUUGCACUCGGUGUCUAGGACCGGUAGACAGCCACUUUCUGCAUUGUUGAUAGGUUAUUCGCCUAUCAGUUGAAUGUUUGAAUCUAGAUGGCAGUGUUCUCCAUAGAACUCACUGAAUAUUUGAUUGCCAUGCUUAGCACAAGAAUCGAGCUUCUUGAUUUGGUUUUUGUAGCUUUAUUAAUUGUACCUUAACGAGCUAUGUAGGUAAUUUUUCUGUAUAGUCAUUGGAUGAUUCAAUGAAAUCGGAUAAACAAUUAUAUCCCAAACAUGUUAAAAUCACACGUGCCCAAACACCAUUUCAUGCUUUAGGGAACUAAGUUUGUUUAGCAGCAGUAUUGUCCGUGUGGUCAUAAUCAUUGACCUAAAUUGAUUAAAGCCUUACCAAUUGUCUCUUUCUUUCAGUUUCAGGUGACCGAAGAUAUGUAUAGGCCUGCCUGCGGUUUUCUAGGAGGACCCUAA